UAAGUACUUAGAGAUAAAGUCCUCUAUCGCCUCUCAAAUAAAUCAGUGUCUCUUCUAGAAUAUAUCAGUUCUUCGUUGAACGUUUCUUAUAAUGUAUCGCAUUAUUUUACUGUCCUUGGUAACAAUAGUUUUUGCAACUGAUGAUGGAAUCAGAAUCCCGUUAAAGCGUAUUCACCACAACAGUUACCAUGACAACCCACAGAUGUAUCUCCAGAGAACUGUGCAAAGACUUCAGCAGAAAUAUGGCCCUGGAGCAACUGGGGAAGUGAAUCUGUAUGACUUUCAAGGAAUCCAAUAUUAUGGGGAGAUUUCACUUGGCACACCUGGACAGACCUUCACUGUCUUGUUUGAUACGGGAUCAGCUGAUCUCUGGAUUCCGUCGUCCAAAUGCAAGUUUUGGGACAUUGUUUGCUGGUUUCAUUCGAAGUACAACAGCAAGAAAAGUUCCACUUAUCAAGAUGAUGGCAGACCAUUCUCCAUCAAGUACGUGACUGGUUCUGCUUCUGGAUUUUUGUCAAGAGAUGUUCUCACAAUCGGAGGGCUGGAAGUAACUAACCAGACAUUUGCUGAGAUUACUGAUCCUAGUCUGAUGUUCAUUUGGAGUGAAUUUGAUGGAAUUCUGGGUCUAGCUUUCAAAAGUGUUGCACAGAGCAAGGAAAAUCCUCCCUUUGUCAAUUUGAUCAAGCAGCAAGUGGUUGCCAAGCCAUUCUUCUCCUUCUAUCUCAGCGAAGAAGGAGGGGAGUUGGCCCUUGGUUACACGGACAAGUCUCACUACUCGGGCAGGUUCACAUUCAAGCCACUCAUAAAGCCAGCUAAGUUCUGGAGUUUCUUUUUGGACAGAAUAACAGUAGAUUCACAGGACGUUGGAGUGGACAAUGUGACUGCCAUUGUGGACUCAGGUACCAGCCUCAUUGCUGGUCCUCCAGGACAGAUAAAGGCCAUCAACAAUCUCAUUGGGGCCAAAGAAAUUUUGGGAUUGUACAUUGUCGAUUGCAACACAAUAGACCAGCUCCCUAACGUUGUAUUCCAUAUAAACGGAGUUCAAUUCAAUCUAACUGGCAGAGAUUAUGUUCUGGAGAUGCGCAGGUUUGUUGUUUUCAAAGUUUGCAUUAGUGGAUUCAUGGAAGUGGAUCUUGGUGCACCAAUCUGGAUCCUAGGAGACGUUUUCUUACGCCGGGUCUACACUCAGUUCAACAAUGGGCGUGGACGACUUGGAUUUGCAUUAGCAGUUUAGCUUAAAUAACAAAUUUGUAUAGAUAAUUUUUAAACUUUAAUAACUCUGAUUGUAAUUGUAAGACUGAUCAUGACCAAUAUACAAUAAAAAUAGAUUAUCAAGA